GUAUUAUUGGUGCGCAAUCCGACGAGCAUGCUCCAACGAGUCGUCCUGCGAGCCGCGCCGCUGCGCCGAUGCGCGCCGAUGCUCUCCAUGGCUGCGCCGAUGGCCUUGCCGCUCAUGACGCCGGCGAGGUUCCUCAGCGCCAACCGCACGAAGCGCGUGCCCCUCAACGAAGAGAUCCGUGCGCCGGUCGUCAACAUCGUCGACGAGGACGGCAUCAUCCGCGAGGCCGUCGACAAGCGCACUGCCGUCAAGGAGGCCAAGAAGAAGGGCGUCGAUCUCGUGCAGGUCGCGCUCGUGCCACCCAAAGUGCCCGGCGCCGCGCCCAUCGUGCUCUGCAAGAUGUACGACUUUCAGAAGAAGUCGGCGUCCGCGGCCAAGACGGUGGUCGAGAACCGCAUGAAGGGCGACAAGGACGUCGAGUACAAGGCCAACAUCGCGGCAAAUGACGAGCUCGUCAAGAACAAGCGUGUCCAGAACUUCCUCGAGAAGGGGCAUCCCGUCAACCUCAACAUCUCAUGGGGCAACCGCGUCGAGCGCAAGCCGCUCGGCCUCGAGCUCUACGACCGCAUCCUUGCCUUCAUUGAAGCGCCAUACGUCGUCGGCAAGUUCAAGGUCACAAACCAUGGCGCCCGCGCCCGCCUGAACCCGACCAAGCGCGCGACGGCCAAGUCCACGGAGCGAGAUGACACGGUCAACGAAGCGUAGAACUUGAAUCUGAUUGUACAUACUACACUACACUGUACUGUUGGCGGUCACGAUCGUCUAUCUACCUUGGGCUUUG